AUGCCGCGCAGCAUGCCGCCCCCCGAGCAGGAAGCUGGCCGCGGGCGUGACAAUGGCCACGCGGCGAACGGCCGUGACCGCCGCGGCGAGCAGCUGCCCCUCGCGACGAGGCAGGCAGUGCCCGCCGCGGAGUCCGCUGGCGAGCGCGAGGCUUGGCUAGGCGAGCGCAGCGUUAGCUAUCGACCUAUAAAUCAGGCCGCCGCAGCGGGUGCGGAGACGGCAGCGGCCCACUUGAAACCAGGAGUCUUUGGCACGGAGCCGCCAGACCAAGAACAUUCGACACUCUCCUUCCUCACUCCCUUCCGAAGCAGGUUCUUCAUCAUGAUCGCUUUCAGCACCGCUGCGCUUGCCCUCGGGCUGCGCUUCCUCCUCAGCGCCGGUCCUGCCCAAGCCGUGCCCAUGCCCCUCGACAUCGGCGUCGACGUGGCUGGCGUUGGGCUCGACCUGAGCGUUGAUACCUCGGCCGCUGCCGCCGCUUCGUCCUACUGGCUUGCCGACAUCAAGCGCCAGGGCACCGUGGCCUAUGGCAACUCCGACUUCAAGAUCUUCCGCAACGUCAAGGACUACGGCGCCACUGGCGAUGGCUCCACCGACGACACUGCUGCCAUUAACCAGGCCAUCAGCGACGGCAACCGCUGCGGCAACAACUGUGACUCCUCCACCGUCACCCCUGCGCUCGUCUACUUCCCCCCUGGAACCUACGUGGUCAGCAAGCCUAUUGUCCAGUACUACUACACGCAGCUCGUUGGUGACAUCAAUGACCUCCCUGUCAUCAAGGGCUCUGCCAGCUUCGCCGGCAUGGCUCUCAUUGACGCUGAUCCCUACAACGACGAUGGCUCCAACUGGUACACCAACCAGAACAACUUCUUCCGCCAGAUUCGCAACUUUGUCAUCGACCUUACUGGCAUGCCUGAGAGCACCGGUGCCGGUAUCCACUGGCAGGUCGCCCAGGCCACCAGUCUCCAGAACAUCCGCUUCGAGAUGCUUCCCAAGAGCGCCACCAACAAGCAGCAGGGUAUCUUCAUGGACAACGGCUCCGGUGGCUUCAUGACGGAUCUCACUUUCAACGGCGGCAACUACGGUGCUUUCCUCGGCAGCCAGCAGUUCACCACCCGCAACCUGACCUUCAACGGCUGCAACACUGCCAUCUUCAUGAACUGGAACUGGCUCUGGACCUUCCACGGCGUCAACAUCAACAACUGCGACGUCGGAAUUGAUAUGGCCAACUCUCCGUCCAACCAGACUGUCGGCUCGGUCAUUGUCCUUGACAGCACCUUCACCAACACCCCGCUCGGUGUCAACACUUCCUUUUCCGAGAACAGCGUUCCUGCCACCGGUGGUACUCUGGUCCUCAACAAUGUUGACUUCUCUGGCAGCGAGACCGCUGUCCUCUCUGCUGGCGCUGCUGCUCUUGCUGGCGGUAGCAAGGUCGAGUCUUGGGUUCAGGGUAAGGAGUACAUUUCCAGCACUGGAACUCGCAUCCAGAAGGAGGUCGACUUCACUAGGCCCACUCCUCUCCUCAACGACGCUGGUGAGAUCUUCACUCGUUCGAAGCCGCAGUACGCUGGCUACGCCUCCAGCUCUUUCGUCAGCAUCAAGGACGCUGGUGCCAAGGGUGACGGCACUACUGACGACACGGCUGCCAUUCAGAAGGCUAUCGAUGCUCUCACUGAUGACCAGAUCCUGUACUUCGACCACGGCGCUUACUUGAUCAGUGACACCGUUACCAUUCCCGGUGACAAGAACCUCAAGAUCACCGGCGAAAUCUUGCCCAUGAUCCUCGCCACCGGUGACAAGUUCAGCGACGAGAGCAACCCCAUUCCUGCCAUCAAGGUUGGCGAGGAGAACUCGACUGGUAACGUUGAGAUGAGCGACUUCAUCAUCGGAGUUCACGGCCCUGCCCCUGGAGCCAUCCUUAUGCAGUGGAACAUGAAAUCCGACGCAGGUAAAGGUGGGCUUUGGGACGUGCACUUCCGUGUCGGUGGCUACGCCGGUUCUGAGCUCCAGUCCGACAAGUGCGCCAAGAACCCUAACGCCACCCACGACGCCAACCCCGAGUGCGAGGGUGCUUUCUUGAUGUUCCACGCCACCGAGGCCGCCAGUGUUUACAUUGAGAACUGCUGGUUCUGGGUUGCUGACCACGAGCUUGACCUUUCGGACCACAACCAGAUCGACAUCUACAACGCUCGUGGUGUCCUCAUCGAGUCUACCAACGCUGUGUGGCUUUGGGGUACUGCUUCGGAGCACAGCGUCAUGUACAACUACGAGCUCAAUGGCGCCAAGAACACCUUCCUGGGUGCCAUUCAGACCGAGACGCCCUACUACCAGUCGAACCCUGACGCUACCAAGCCGUUCUCUGUGCAGACUUCGUGGGCCGACCCUGACUUCAGCAGCGCUUCUGCCGACGGCGGCAAGAAGGCUUGGGGUGUCCGCUUCAUCAACUCCCAGGAUGUGGUCAUCAUGGGUGCUGGUCUGUACUCGUUCUUUGAGAACUACGGCCAGGAGUGCGUUUCUGCCAACAACUGCCAGAACAACAUGGUCUCGUACGAGGAAACGAACUCCAACGUCCAGCUCUUCGGUCUCUCGACCAAGGCGUCGGUCAACAUGGUCACCGUUCAGGGCAACGGCGUCGUCAAGGAUGCCGACAACCGCAGCAACUUCUGCGCUACUAUCGGCCACUUUGCUGAGUCGUAG